AUGGCGACAGCGCGGAACGGGGUCGGGGUGGCAGCCACAGAGGGCCAUGAUACCAAGGAUGACGGCGAGCUGCCGCCGCUCGUCGAUUACGUUCUAGAUAAGUCGGCGUUCCGCGAGGAGCGUCCCUGCACCGCUCUGCGGGUGCCGGCGAAGCGCACCGGGGAGAUCAUGGCGGCCGUGCGGCCGUACCUGUUCAAGGUACCUCGCAUGCGAACCGUGGUGACGGAUCCCGCGACGCCGGACACCCGCAUCGUCGUGCUCGCGGGCCCAGUGGACCUCUCCCUGAGCCAUCUUGCGGCGGACGUGCGCGAAAAGAUCGUCUCCGACGCGGACAUCCAGGUCAUCAAGCACGUGUACGAGAUCCCGUACGAGCACUUCCAGACGGACCAGGUCCUCAAGCGCAUCCUCCCGGACGCGCGGGAGGUCCCCACGGCCUUUGAGACCGUCGGGCACAUCGCGCACCUCAACAUCCCCCGCGAGCUGAUGCCCUGGCGCAAGGUCAUCGGCGAGGUCGUCCUCGACAAGAACCCCGCGAUCAAGACCGUCCUCACCAAGGUCGGCGCCAUCGAGAACGAGUUCCGCGUGUUCCGCUCCGAGGUGCUCGCGGGGGAGCCCGACCUGGUGGCGACCGUGACGCAGGGCGGGCUGAGGUUCCGGCUGGACUUCGGAAAGGUGUACUGGAACUCGCGCCUCGAGGGCGAGCACGAGCGGCUGUCCUCCAAGUACUUCCGCGAGGGGCAGGUGGUCUGCGACAUGAUGUGCGGCGUCGGGCCGUUCGCCGUGCGCGCCGCGGCGCGCGGCUGCGAGGUGUGGGCCAACGACCUCAACCCUGAGUCAGUCAAGUGGCUCCGCAUCAACGCGCACAAGAACAAAGUCGGGAAACGCGUGCGCGCGUUCAACGCGUGCGGCCGGACCUUCCUGCGCGCUCUCGCCGGGACUCUGCGGCCUCCGCCCGCGCCGGCGGACGGCGAGGGGGGCGUGAGCAUACCUGAGGGGGGGGUGUAUUUCGACCACGUCGUCAUGAACCUCCCCGCGUCGGCCGUUGAGUUCCUGGAUGCGAUGGCCGGCGCGUUCCCCGCGGAGCGCUUCCGGGGCCGCAUGCCGCUCGUCCACGUGUACACCUUCCUGCGGGGAACCGAGGAGGAGGCCGUCGCGAACGUCCGGUCCGUCGUGGAGCAGCACCUCGGGGGCCCUCUCGACGGCCCUCCGGAGGUGCACAACGUGCGGGACGUGGCCCCGGGCAAGCACAUGCUGUGUGUGUCGUUCCGCGUGCCUGAGGCGAUCGGACUGGCGAGGAGCGACGCGGCGGUCGCGGGGAGGAAGCGGAAGGCCAGCGGGGCGCCAGGGAACGCCGCGCCAUGA